GGGACAGUUUUGAAAAGUGUUUACAAGUGUGCAGCCGAGGUCGGGUGUGCUCGGGAGUACUUUCUGCAAGCUGCACAUAUUGCACAGGGAGAGAAGCACCUGCCAGUGUGUGCUCGACGGACUUAGCUGCUCCACAGGUGGCUGGAGGCUGAGCUUCCAUUACCAGUACCUUUACUCGUUAUCACUAACCUUAAAGUGUAAAAAAUGGAGGAUAGACUGUUGGCUCGCAUUGGCCCUACUGGAGGUGGUGAUGUGAGAGCAGCUUGCAAGAAAUGUGGAUAUCCUGGUCAUCUUACAUAUCAGUGCAGAAAUUUUGUUAAGGUUGACCCUAAGAAAGAUGUUGUGCUUGAUGUUUCAUCAACUUCUUCAGAAGAGAGUGACCAUGAGACACCUUUGACACAACUCCAUACUCAAGAACUUCUAGCAAAGAUGAAACAAGAGAAGAGGAGCAAAAAAGAUAGUAGAAAAAAGAAAAGGAAAGAAAAGAAGAGAUCAAGAAGCCGAAGUAAAAAUAGAUCUCUGUCGCCAGCUGAACGUAGGAAAAGGUCAAGGUCACCUAGCAUGGAAAAGCUCAAAAAGGAGAAGUCGGAAACUACAAACAGUGAUUCAGACAGUGACUCAAGGCAUAAGAAAAAAAAGAAAGAUAAGAAAAAGAGGAAAAAGAGGUGUGAUAAGGAAAAGAGAAGCCAUCGGUAAUGAUUGUACAAGAUGCCACAAAAUAUUGUGCAUUCCACUUAAAAUGGUCUCUUAUAUCAAGCAUUCAACAUUUUUACAAAUAUACCAUACUUUUAUCA